UACAACAAAGAUGGCGGCGCCCGUAGAAGAAGCACUGGUACAUACACACGUGGAGAAAAAGAAAAAGCCACCCAAACGUUACUGGGAAGUAAAUGCAGGUGAAGAGAAUGGCGAGGCAGAAAACACCGAUGUCUCACCGAACCAGGACAAUAUUUCAAAAGAACAGCCAGACAAAAUACGUGACGAGCGACGACAGAAGAAAAAAAGGUCUCAUGGAAGUUUCAUAUCAGGGAAAAAGGACCCUUUCCCUGGUGAGGCCCCCAUUCCCAAUGAGCAGCUGAAGAAGUUCCAGAGAGGCGAGAAAUUCCAAGUGUCUGUGACUGCACGACAAAAGGUGAAAGAGACCAUCUUGCGGUCUGAAGCAGCGUCUGACCUGGCCCUGAAGCAGGCUGCACGAUAUGAUCUCCUUCUCCCAGAGGAAUCUGGAUUCCUGGAGGGAGAUGACGAUGAGGACACAUGUACCAUCUUACAGGAAGAUAUCGCAGAUGCUGUGGAUAUUACUUCUGGGGCAAAGUACUUUAACUUGCAUCUGACCCAGUUUGGUCCAUACAGGCUGGACUACAGCAGAACUGGACGGCAUCUGUUACUAGGUGGAAAAAGAGGUCAUGUGAGCUGCAUAGAAUGGCAGACCAAAAACCUUACAUGCGAGAUAAACGUCAUGGAAACAAUUCAUGAUGUCAAGUGGCUCCACUCCGAGGCCAUGUUUGCUGUGGCUCAGAAGCAGUGGCUUUACAUCUAUGACUCCAAAGGCAUAGAGCUGCACUGCAUCAAAAAAUUCAACAAUGUUCUGCGCAUGCAGUUCCUCCCCUACCACUUCCUGCUUGCUACAGCGAGCGCCACAGGUUUCCUGCAGUACCUGGACGUGUCUGUGGGGAAAGAGGUGUCAGCCAUUGGCACCAAACUGGGCCGGCUCGACGUGAUGGCACAGAACCCACACAAUGCCAUCGUGCACCUGGGCCAUCCCAACGGCACGGUCAGCCUGUGGUCACCCAAUCAGAGGGAGCCGCUGGUCAAAAUGCUGUGUCACCGUGGUGGGGUCCGCUCUCUCACUGUGGACAGAUCUGGCACGUACAUGGUGACGUCAGGUCUGGACAGGAAGCUGAAAGUAUAUGACAUCAGGGCCUUUAAGGCACUUCAUUCCUACUUCUUGCCUGCGGGAGCCUCCUGCCUCUCUCUCAGCCAGAGAGGACUACUGAGUGCUGCUACUGGAGAUGUAGUACAGGUAUACCGUGAUGUAUGGGGAGGUGGAUCGAUGUCGAAGCCGUACAUGGCGCACCGGGUGAGGGGGGCAGUGUGGGGUGUGGACUACUGUCCCUUUGAGGACGUGCUGGGGAUUGGCCAUGAAGCAGGAUUCACCAGUAUGAUCGUACCAGGCGCGGGUGAACCGAACUUCGACGCCCUGGACAUGAAUCCAUACCGCAGCACCAAGCAGAGGCAGGAGUGGGAGGUCAAGGCUCUGCUGGACAAGGUGCAGCCCGAGCUCAUUGGCCUGGACCCAGGACUCCUGAGCAAGGUGGACCAAGCCACCUUCGAGCAGAAACAUAAGGAGAGAGUGGAGGCUCUGGGCUAUGACCCACUCGCAACCGAGAAGUUCAAGCCAAGACUGAAGAAGCGAGGGCGAAGUUCAGCGGGUGCUGUGGAGAGGAGGAAGAAGAAGGUGGCCCACGAGGAUCAGAAGGACACGAUCCGGAAAACAGUUGAGGAGAGGAUGGAGCGGGAAAACGAGAGGAAGGUUAAGGCCCAGGAGCAAGCGGAACACGGCACAAGGACGGCACUAGACCGGUUCAAGAAGUAGAGCGAGCAGUGUGGCAGGAGUGCACAGGACUUUGAGCUUUUGAGGAAAUAAAAGACUUAUUCAGAAUGGUGAUCUACGCACUGUUUUGGGGUUUUUUUCAGUCUUCAAACACUGAGACUCCUCUGUCUGGACAUUUGGUCAACUGCCAUGCAAAAGUGACCCGACCACUCUUAUUUUUUUCUUCUUGUGUGUUGGCUGCUCUUAGUAACGAAAACGUUUCUGGUCUGACUGUGAAAUGCACAUUGGUAGACUAGUAAACAGAAAUAAAAUAAACUCUUAUGGUUUUAUUAAAAAAACAAACUCUCUUUUAGGACAAGAAAGUAAUCAUAAAAUAACAAGGUUUGAAAAAUUGUGAAUUUUGUAAUAAGUAAACUAAUUGGAAACUCCUUAAGACUGAAUACAUUGGCCAAAGCUCAAAUUAGCAACGCAUUCUUGCAGUUCUUAAUUGCUAGAACAAGAAUAUGAACAUUGUUCUUUGUUUGGGUGGGUUUUAAAAACAAUGAAGUUUAUUUAUUUCCAAUGUAAGUUUGUCUUUAAUUGUCAGAAUACGAAAAAUUGAUAUACUCUUGCAACUGAAUAUAUCCUAUGUGAAUAAUAUCACUGGAAUUUCUCCAGUAGCUUCAGAUUUCCAUUGUGUUGCUUCCCCCUCGGUGCAUAGAGAGGUACUUUUUUUUUUUUCCCCUUGUUUGUGAAUUUAACAAAUUUAAAACAUUUGGACUUUGCAAACUGUACAACUUUUAUUAAAAGGGUACUGAUUGCAUGAACUAAACUUUCCAACUGCUGUGACAUCCAUGGUAUAGCCAGACAUGUCCCUUUGUUGUGAUGCUAUCUGACACUGCCUAAGGAUAAUUCACUUCAAUAAGUGCAGUUGUGGUACAGAUGCAGUUCAGUGCUUUAUUCAAGACCUGCACAGAGCAGACAAUAGAGUGGACAACAAAAGUUCAUAUGAGCUCUCCUUCACAUUUUUGUGAAAGCACAUCACCCUGGAGCCUUCAUACAGAGAGAGCAGUUUUCAGCCAGCAUGUUGUAGCACUUACUAUAAAGAGGCAACUACCAUAGUGGAACAUUAACACACCACAAGAAUCUGCCUUUAUGUUGUAUCUAAGGUGCUGUAUACACAGGACAAAAUGUUUAAACUGAAUCAAUUUUAUCUGUUCAGUUUUGUUUACACUCUUCUAAGGAAACCUAAUAACUGACAAAAAUUGUACAUUACAGUUAAUUAAAAAAAAACAUUUUUGCAUCUGCUUAAGAGAUUGUAUUGCAAAUAAUUCUGGACUAUCCACACAAUUUAAAAGGCAGCUGAAAUGUAAAAUGUUGAAAACUGAACUAGUCUGGGCUAAAUUGCAUUUGCAGCCACAUUUAACAAUUCACAUCCAAAUCAUCUGUAGAUUGUCCAGUUAUGCCUGCAACUGGUCAGAAGCUUAUCUGAACACACAAGUACAAAAAUAAAUGAUUAAAUAAAAACGCAUCUCUUAUUUAAGCAUUACAGCCUGAUGUUUGUUCCAUUUUUGAACAUGCUGUCCUAUAUUGUAUGAGUGCAAGUGUGCUGUUAUGAGACAGUUGUGAGGUUUUUGAGCCUAAAAAUAUGUUUCAUAAGUUGCCAUUAAACAUGUAAAUAACA